AUGUCGUCACUACGAAUCGCCUCAGUCGCAGUCAUUGGCAAGCGCAACCAACCUAUUUACCUCCGCACCUUCCCCGCAGGCUCCCACCACCCCGACCUAAAAUACCACUACCUCUCGCACACCGCCCUCGACAUCUUCACCGAACGUCUCUCACCCCCCACAUCCUCUUCCCACUCCUCCUCCGGUGUCCAACUCGACGCAUAUCUCGGGCUACUAUACUCCAUCGAGGAUUUAUCGGUUUAUGGGUACACCACAAACACCGGGGUCAAAUUCGUGUUGACGGUUGUUGUGGGCGAGGAGGAGGUCGUUAGGGAUGUAGAAAUUAAAGGGGUGUUUAGGGGGGUUGGGGAUGCGUGGGUGGGUUUGGUGUGUAAUCCGUUUUGGGAGGAGGGGGGGAAGAUCGGUCCUGGAUUCGAAAACAGAGUCAGACGGGCGGUGACUGGGCGAUGA